GUAAGCUGAGAUGUAUAAAAAGGAUGAAGUUAGAACGACGAAUAUUAGUUUAAUAUUUCGAUAUUGCAAAACUGUCACAAACGUUGUAGCUGCUUAAAAUGUUACGUUACGGCAUUUUGUUACUGAUUGCUUGCAGUUUGGCUGCCAUUACAGCCAAUGAGGCAGAAGAGAGGCAGUAUGCAACUUGCGCUGGAACUUUGGUAGCCAACGCAGAUGGAACGCGUUCCUGCGUUACCCAAGUUGGCAUUUCCAGCACUGGCUACCCCAUCUACAGGGUUACAAACCUAAACACUGGCGUUACUAGCUUCGUAACACAAAAUGGCUUCAAUGCUAAUGGCCAGCCCACCUACAGCGUAAGCUCAACGUACCCCAUGACAACCUACGUCAAUACCUGUACGGGCACAAUUGUAACCAACAGUGAUGGAACAAGAUCUUGCGUCACAACAGUCGGCACUUCCAGCCUUGGCUAUCCCAUCCAGACGGUAACGAAUUUGAACACAGGAGCCACAAGCUACGUUACACAAACCGGUGUCAAUUCGGUCGGACAACCGGUUUACAGUGUAACGCCAACAUAUCCCGCCAGCACCACUACCGCCACUACCACCUGCGCCGGACAGACGGUCACGAAUAGCGAUGGUAGCCGAUCUUGCGUCACCCAGGUUGGCACGUCAAACACUGGCUAUCCUAUUUAUCAGGUCACAAACUUGAACACUGGCGCCACGAAUUACGUGCAACAGACUGGUACGAACACAGUAAGUCAGCCUACUUACUGUACACCUACAGCUUAUCCAGUCAACACCAACUACGUCUGUUCUGGAACACUGGUGACAAAUAGCGAUGGCACCAGGUCGUGCGUUACCACAGUGGGAACUUCUAGCACUGGAUACCCCAUCAGUCAAGUUACCAACUUGAACACUGGUAUCACUAGUUACGUGACACAAAAUGGAGUGAACGCUUCAGGUCAACCUACCUACAGCGUUACUCCGUAUUAUCCUACCGUAGCUCCAGCCCCUGCUCCAGCUCCAGCCCCAGCCCCUGCUCCAGCCCCUGCUCCAGCCCCUGCUCCAGCCCCUGCUCCAGCCCCUGCUCCAGCCCCUGCUCCUGCUCCUGCCCCUGCUCCAGCUCCAGCUCCAGCUCCUGCCCCAGCUCCUGCCCCUGCUCCAGCUCCAGCCCCUGCUCCAGCCCCUGCUCCCGCUACUCUUGCUCCCGCUCCAGUAACCGCUGCUCCUGCUCCUGUUACUUCGGCUCCCGUUGUCGAUCCUUUCUUUGGUUAAGUUCCAAAGACAACUUUACACGACCGGCUGAUUCAGAUUCUUUUAAUGACAACUUACAUAGAGCCAAUGCCUUUGGCUGUUUCUGUCAAGCUUCUUGAUAGACAAUCUAAUGAAAAACUUUCGAUUUAAUGGUUUAAAAAGUAUUGGGUGAUGGAAUGCUAUUCAACGUGCAUUUGCUAGUCUACAAAAGAGAAAAAUACACUAUCGAUACAGAAA